AUGCCUGUCUACAUGCUCCACGGAUUCCGGUGGCCCCGAGAGGGCUUCACAGGAAUCCGUGUGUACGUCGUGCUACACAAUCUAGAAGAAGCCGCCGCCGAAUACCUCCAGCAGCCAUUGACAACAGAGCUGGUAACGGAGUCGCUGAAACGGACACAAUCGGACCUCAUGCCUCGGCUACCGGAGCUGCGCUUUGUCGAGUACUACGAUCCCGCCGACGAGUCCAGCACCACCGUUUCUCAGCCCUUUGCCUAUGUCAGUACCAAGGUCGUGACCAUUCCCGAUGGCGGCACGCCCGAGAGUGCAGGGCCGGGCAUGAAUAUUGAGGACGUUGUCGAGCAGGGCUCUGGCUUGACGGACGACGCGACGGAGGCGCUGGAGGCGUUGCGCGAUCGUCUUGCGCCCGGGGAACAUAUCGGCUGGUUUAUGGUUUAUAAUGGAGAUCCGGAUAGGUGGUAUCCUGAUUCUGAAGAGGACGACGAUGACGAUGACGAUGACGAUGACGAGAGCUAUGUGGCAGAGAGUGAACAGAGUGAACAGAGCGCCACCGAGCCCGGGACUCCUGCGACACCCGCGACACCCGCGACGCCCGCGACCCCAGUGAGCUAUACGGUAUGCCCGAUUGACAAGUCUAUUCAAUCGCAUGAGCACGACCACUUCAUAACCCUCCGGCCUGUCGCCAAUCGCGGUGAACUACGGCAGUAUAUGACGGAGGGGAGCUUCGCGAUAACGGAAUCUGCGGAGAACAUCCAGAGCUACGCCCCAACACUGAAUCGCGGGGUCAUACAGAUGCUGGCCAGGGGCAAAACGCGCCUGGCGAAGUGGUACGCACCGUACAGCGAUGAGGAGAAAGUAAAGCUCAAAGGCGAGGUCCAUCGUCUUGUCGCACCGAGAGAUCAGAAAUACCAGUCGAAUUUCGUCGAGUUCCGCAGAAGCACUAAGGUUGUCUACCGUCGAUACGCGGGGUUGUUCUUCUGCGUCUGCGUGGACACCAAUGACAACGAGUUGGCGUACCUCGAAGCUAUCCACUUCUUCGUCGAAGUGCUAGAUCAGUUCUUCGGCAAUGUGUGUGAACUCGAUCUGGUGUUCAACUUCUACAAGGUCUACGCGAUUCUCGACGAGGUCUUUCUCGCAGGCGAGAUCGAAGAGACGAGCAAGCAGGUUGUACUCACGCGACUCGAACAUUUGGAUAAGUUGGAAUAA